AGGAGGAGGAGGAGGAGGUCGGAGCUGAGCGUGUGUGUCUGCCGAGGCGACCAUGGAUGACUUCACCACCAGGACGUACGGCACCAGCGGCCUCGACAACAGACCUCUGUUCGGGGAAACGUCGGCACGGGACCGAAUCGUCAACCUGGCAUUGGGGGGAUUCACGUCUUUGGUUGUUUUAGUUACGGUGAUCAGCUCGUUUGUUUUCCCCUCGCUGCCGCCGCGACCGCUCAACGUCUUCUUCGCGGUGUGCAUCCUGUUAGCCUGUGGAUCCACCAUAGUGCUGAUAUUCUGGUACCGGCAGGGCGAUCUGGAGCCUAAAUUCAGGAACCUGAUCUACUACAUGCUGGCGUCCAUCGUGCUGCUGUGUCUAUGUGCCAACCUCUACUUCCACGACGUCAGGUAAAGGCAAGGGAGCGAGGAAGAGGAGGAGGAGGAAGGAAGGAAGAAGAAGAAGAAGGGAAGACAUGGGGGCGACAAAGAGAGAAAGAGAAAGACCGUCCAAUAAAAAGACACAUAUAUAUAUAUAUAUAAAUAUAUAUAUACGACCAAAUCAAACUAAAAACUCAUCUCACACUAACUUGAAUGACUGGCAGCAGACUGGAGACUCUCGGACCAAAAGAAAAGAAAACCAGUGAGACUUAAUGGUUCCAGUGGGAUGAAAACUGUCAGACUCGUUUGUUUCGGUGCUGAACACACGAUGAAGAAGAUGCAGAAUCACAACGUGGUGUUUAAACGAGGAGGCGAGGAGCGCUUACAACUGAUGAUGGAGCAACACGUUAAAGGAAGAAUCUGCCCUUUUGUGUCUUUUACAUGUUUUUCUUUUCUCUUCAACUUUCGGAUGAACUAUAUUUAUAUCUUUAAACAUCCGUCAGAAAGAGAGAGGGCUCCGAAAAUAUUGUUAUAAGAACCAAAUGUUCCCUCAAAACUUCAGAUAAAACAGCGUCUCUCUUUUUUAACAAACCUGCUUGUGUUAAAAAAAUAAGGAAAAAGGUGCGUUCAGGUCCACUCUGUAAUUCAGAAAACAUCACCACAUUAUUCACCAUAUCCACAAUUAUUUUGGUUAUUUUCUUAAUGAAUUAAUCAGUUGUUUGUCCCCAAAUGUCUCAAGAUGAUCAGAAAAAUAUUCACAGUUAAAAAGCUGUAAAAUCAGAGAAUUUGGACGGUUUUCUUUUAAUUUAAGUCGCCAACGAUAAAUUGAUAAAUUUUUAUUUGUGUGUUAAAAACAGGUAUGUUUGACGUUUUAUGCUUGAAAAAUUACUUAAAUUAUUAAAAUAGUUGCAGAUUAUUAUUAUCACUAUUUCUCAUUUUGUCCAACUAACAGUCAAAAUCCCCAAAUGUUCAAUUUAAGUCUCUAUUUGAACAUUUAAGAGUCUUAAAUUCAGGAAUACUUGAGUUUGUUUUGCUUGAAAACGUCAAAUAGUGAAUUCUGUUUUCUGUUAAUGAGUCAAAACAGGACAAUAAGUUAAAUUAAAUUAAAGGUACGUCACACCUAUUUGAAGCUUUUUUUAAAGUGGAGCUUGUGGUUGACAUUACGAGUUUACAGAGACGACCUGAAUGCACCUUGUGUGUGUGUGUGAUUGAAUGUGUGAGUGCGUGUGUGUGUGUGUGAUUGAAUGUGUGCUUGCGCGUGUGUGUGUGUGUGUGUGACAUCAUCAUGACGCUGUGGUUGAACUCCUCUGUGCACCGUCUUGAUUCAGGAGGAGGAAGAGGAGGAGCUCCAAAACUAUCAUCAUCAUCAGCUGAUUUGUAUCCUCGAGGCCACGUUGGACUCCGGUGGAUCCUCUCUCUCUCUUUUUCUCUCUCUCUCUCUCUUUUUUGUGUGACUUUAAUAACUGACGAUUAUUACAUUAAUUUUUUUUGACAUUUUUUUUUUUGCUCUCAAACUGAAUCACACAAGUCUGUUUUCACAUGUUUUAAACUUUUUUAACGGGGCGGAUUUUUCCUUUAACCAGGAGGAAUAUUAACACAGAGUGAAGCAGAACUAGGAGGUGAUGAACCUUCCUCCUCUUCCUCCUCCUCCUCUUCCUCCUCAGUACUGUAGACUGUAGCUGACACAAACAGCAUCAGGGGCUUCGUGGCAAAUAUAUGCAACAGUUUUUCUUCUUGUCUUCCUCUCGCUGCUGCUGCUGCUGCUUUUUCCUCCUUUUUUUCUGCUUUUGCGGCUUUUCUGACGUCUGAUGGUCGAAUUUAAUUCCCAAAAAUCAAGCCUCAACUUUAAGAGGAUUAUUUUUUCUUUUGUUUUUUAGAAACUCAUUUAAAUUUAAAAUGCUGAAUCACACUGACUGACUGCCAAUUAUUGCACUAGCUGAAUUUAUACACAUUUUUUGUCUAAGCCAUAAACACACACACACACACACACACACUCUCUCAGGCUCGGCUGUAGCACCAGUAAAAAUGAGCAGGAGCGUUUCUUUUCUUCCUCGUGACUUUACACACUGAAGCACAAUUUUUUUAACGUAUCUACAAUCUAAAUAAUCAGAAGAAAAAAGAUUUUUGGUGUUUUUUUUAAGGGUCUAUUAAAGCUCAGCAGCACGAUUACAGGGUUAAAAACAACAACAACACUCUGAAGUCUAAUUUAGCUGCUUCAGUUAAAGGAAAAACACACCAAACAUACAACAUGCAAUUAAAUAAUAAAUAUAUAUUAUAAUAAUAAAAACAAAAAAGGCACCUCAGCACUUAAAGUGGAUGUAUUGGACCAAAAAAAAAAAAAAAGGUUUUCUUGAUUGAAUUGCCUGGUUAAAAAUGUUUAAACAAAAAAUAUAUAUAUUUAAUUAACUUAUUAUAGAAAAGACAAAGAAACACGGCAGAUAUUCACUUUUUGCAUUAUUAUAAAAAAUAAAAAAAGGCUUAAAUCAUUUAGUUUUUCUGUCAAUUUACUAAAAUUUAAGCAGUACAGCCAAGAAGUCAUUAAAUAUUACCUUUUAUAAUCAUAUUUAUCACAUUUAUAUAAAUAUAUAUAUUUAUCUGCACCAAUCAAACUUCAGGUUAAUUCAUGCAAACUGUCCAAAGAAAACUAAACUCACAUUUAUUAAUUAUUAGAUCUUAAAGGAAGAGUCCGACUUUUUUUUCUUUUUCUUUUUCUUUAGUCUCUCUCAACAAUUUCUGACUUAAAUAACUCACAAAUAAAUUUCCUUAAAUAGUUUUUGGGCACGCUUAAAUUCAUCGUUAAGCUUUUGGUCUUUUCAUGAAAAAAAAAAAAAAAGAAUAAUGUUGGACUUUUCAUUUAAUGUCGUCUCUUUAUUUUAAAAAACAACAACGUUAAACUUGCUGUGUGACGUCACCAAAAACACGAUUUUUUUCGGGGUGUCGAAUUUCAAACUGAAGUGUAGCUUUGAAGAAAAAAAUUGUACUAUUUCUGUCUUUUUUCUUUCCUUCUUUCUUUGCUGACUGUAGCUUCGCUCGUUUACAGAUGACCUGCAUCAGUGGACGUACGGUAAAAACUGACAGCGACUGUUAAACACAAAUAGCUCCGUGCUAAAACAAACUGCGGGGGGGGGGGGGAAGAGAGGAGGGGUAAUAAAAACAUUUUUAAACAACAAGCCCCGUCCUCUACGAGAGGAGUCGACAACCUCGCCACGACUUUAGGAUUGUCUCAAAGCCAUGUUGUUCUUUUUUUUUUAAUUUAAUAUUUUAUGGAAUAAAUAAUUGUGUAUCCUCA